UUCACGGGCGCGACGGCGCGGGUGGACUGCGGGAGCGGCUCUCCGCUAUGCCGGUCACCGGGAAGACUUUUCGCCGGCGCCGGGCAGACUCAGAAUCAGAGGAGGAUGAGCAAGAUUCAGAGGAGGUUCGAUUAAAACUGGAAGAGACCCGAGAGGUGCAGAACUUACGGAAGAGACCCAAUGGGGUGAGCGCCGUGGCCCUGCUGGUGGGAGAGAAGGUCCAGGAGGAGACCACGCUAGUGGAUGACCCCUUCCAGAUGAAGACCGGCGGGAUGGUGGACAUGAAGAAACUGAAGGAAAGGGGCAAAGAUAAGAUCAGCGAGGAAGAGGACCUCCACCUGGGGACUUCCUUUUCCGCAGAGACGAACCGAAGGGAUGAGGAUGCCGACAUGAUGAAGUACAUUGAGACAGAGCUGAAGAAGAGGAAGGGGAUCGUGGACCAUGAGGAGCAGAAAGUCAAGCCCAAGAACGCCGAGGACUGCCUUUACGAACUUCCGGAAAACAUCCGCGUCUCCUCGGCCAAGAAGACGGAGGAGAUGCUCUCCAACCAGAUGCUGAGCGGCAUCCCCGAGGUGGACCUGGGCAUCGACGCGAAAAUAAAAAAUAUCAUCUCCACGGAGGACGCCAAGGCCCGCCUGCUGGCCGAGCAGCAGAAUAAGAAGAAAGACAGCGAGACGUCCUUUGUGCCCACCAACAUGGCGGUGAAUUACGUGCAGCACAACCGAUUUUAUCACGAGGAGCUCAAUGCCCCCAUCCGGAGAAACAAAGAAGAGCCCAAAGCCCGGCCCUUGAGAGUGGGAGACACGGAGAGGCCGGAGCCUGAGCGGUCCCCGCCUAACCGCAAGCGUCCUGCUAACGAGAAGGCCACUGAUGACUACCACUAUGAGAAGUUCAAGAAGAUGAACAGGCGGUACUGAGAGGGGCUGGCGGGAGGGAGGGCCAAGGGGACCAGUGCCAGAGGGAUGUGAAGAGCGCCCCCCCACGCGCCAUGAGGCUUCCUGGACUGAAGCCAGCUCGCUCGCUAGCAGAGGUUGCCACAGCCAGACUAGUCCUGCCGCUUACCCGCUGGAUUCUUUCAGGCACUGAAUUGUAACCUGCUGAAACAAAGCAGUGUGUCGUUGUCCUAUUCGGAGGUAAAGUCUGUUCUUGUGAGCCUUAUUAAACCUUGUCUGUAAGUACGCUGCCUCUCAAUAUCUGCUCCGGGUCAGGAGGAAACAGCCGUGUCCGGGGUGAGAGAGGCCCUCAGAGUGCGCCCUGUGAGUACACACGCAGCCGUGCGCUCGACCCUGCAGAGCCCGCCGUGGCGUCCGGGACGCGACCUUCGCUGUGUGCGGCGGGGCCGCCGGAGGCGGGAGCGUCCAGGCUGGGAGCAGGGACACGAGUGUCUCCUGCCUCUCGCAGAGCUACCCGUUUCUUUUCAUCAAGGAAGAAAAGCAACUUCACUUAAUUAAACACGAAAUG